GUUCCAUUUACACUUCACUAAAUAAACAAUUCGUUCAACACUAGGUACCCGAUUUCCACAUUGAUGCAAGUCAAAACCCAAGGCUGAAUAAAAUGGAGAGCCCUCACGAGCAUCAGCAGAAUCUUCUGCUAUCCCGUAUCAUCACCAACGUUGAGAAACUCAACGAGUCCAUCGUCGUCAUGAACAAGAGCCUUCAGGAGAUCAACAUCCAGAAUAUGAAUAUUGAGCUCGUCGCUCAGAUGUUCAAGAACUACCAGUCCAACGUGCUCUUUCAUCUAGAAGCUACGGAUAAUUUGAAAGAGCCUUCAUGAGAGGAAUGUUUUUAGCGGGUUAUAUUGAUAUGCUGCUAUGAACUCGAGCAAGAUAUCUGUAUUACAUAAGAAGCUUUCUGUCUACUUAUAGGGAGACUCGAUGUUAUACUCAUAAACUGACUAGGUAGUUAUCGAGCUUAAAACUCCUAAUAAUAAAAGCCCUCAUAGCAUAUUACCCGA